AUGAAGGCAGUGAGGGCGCCUUUCGAUCAUCGCAAGAAGGUGACGAGGCGUACCCCGGCGGACCACCUUCGUAUGCACCAUUUGGCGUGGAAGGAACUCAAGAAGGACAAGAUCGCAAGGUUCGCGCAGCGAACUGACAAGAUCAUUGUCGACGAACUCGAUCUCCCUUGGAGCGUUGAGGCAAUGGCGCUGGACGUUGACGGAGGCGAUGAAGACGAAGAGCGCGAUAAGCAAGACAGGGACGAUACACACAACCUGAAACUCGCAGGGAGAGCAUCCACGGCGACCGCCUCUCCGAAGGAAUAUGUCUAUGACAAGGCCGUAUGCAGGAAGCCUGACGCUUCAACGGCAUUCAACGCGUACGAAAGCGAAUACGACGAGUUUCUAGAACAGGACACCAUCGAUUACCCUCCCUUGGACGACCCUCUCCCGGUUGCGCAAGAUGAGUGCGCCGCGUCGUUCACUCAGGAGGUCCUCGCUCUCGACCUCCAUCUCGGCAUCCUCGAGGACGCGCCAAUUCAUUUUCCGGACGUAACCUUCCAAGAGGAUUCCAGGAAGCUCGUCACAUACGAGUGUACCCCUGCGGAAAGUUAUCGUCCCUUCAGCACGACCACGCCGUGGCAGGAAUCUCUACUCCUCGGUCCCUCCCCGGCCCCGGCCCCAGCCCCAGCCCCAGUCCCGGCCCCAUCCCCGACUCUGCUCAAAUACGUCUGCGCACCGCUACUUGAGACCUCCGUUCUUCCUUCAGGAGGUGGUCCUCUUCCUGGAUUGCCGUUCGCAUGCGCGGUUCCCUCGGUAUGGUAG